AUGGAACUCAUGGAACUCGUGGAAAACGAGCCUACGGCUCGUCCUUUCCAGUGCGACUGGCAGUCAUGCAGUAAGAGCUUCAACCGCAAGUCAGACUUGCAAAGACAUUAUCGCAUUCACACCAACGAGAGACCUUACUCGUGCAAUACCCCCGGAUGCGGCAAGAGCUUCAUCCAGAGGAGCGCUCUCACAGUACACAUCCGGACACAUACCGGUGAGAAGCCUCAUCAAUGCCAGCAUGUCGGCUGCGGCAAGCGCUUCUCAGAUUCUUCGAGUCUCGCAAGGCAUCGUCGGAUCCACACGGGCAAGCGCCCGUACAAGUGCGCCCAUGAUGGCUGCUUGAAGAGUUUCUGCCGGAAGACCACAAUGGUGAAGCACCAGCGGAGGUCACACCAGCGAGGCAUCCACUCGUCGGAGCUUGAUGACUGCACCUCGGACUCGGGGAGCGAAGACUCGCCCUCGACACCCAAGAGCAGCAUCAUGCAAUGGCCGCCUCAGGGUGUCCAGAUGAUAGGACCCCACGGCCAGACCCUGCACCGCGCUGCCUCUUUCGCCGACUUCGGCCAGCACAUGAACAGCUUCGGCAUCCAACACCCGUACGGUCACCGCCACAGCCUAUCGUCGGGCGGCGCCCACGAGUACCACGGCCUUCCGCAAGUACACCACCUCCAGCAGCCGAUGCACCCCCACGACCAGGCCCAGCAGCAGCAGCAACAGCAAGGAGUGCACAUGCUCCAGCGCACCGCAAGCCUCCCGCAGCACACUUACUACAUCACUGAACAGAACAACCCCGGCGUCGCCACCAUGAACCCGCACCCGCAUCCGGCCUCUCAGCCUCCCAUGCAACCACAGUACCACCAAAUGCCGCGCCAGGGCGUCGAGCGCUUGCCCCUCGAGAUCCCAUACACCCCCAACCCGGGCCUUUCGGGCAGCAUCCAGAGCAGCCCGAGCAGCUUCUCUGCCGCCUCGGGUCGCAGCCCAAGCACACAAGACGGCUUCUACACCCACGCGCCCACAGCACAGGCCGCAACAUAUGCGCUGCACAACGCCUCGCCCGUCGAGCAGCAGCAACCGCACAUGGUCGCCUACCAGGGCCAGAUGACACCCCAACCCCAAGUCAUGACCCAAGCUCCGACACCUCAGCAGGUCCAACAGGCGACACCCCAGCCACAGCCUGCGCCGGAACAAUACCAUCCACCACAGCCCCAGCCAGAGGAGCAGGGCUGGUAUCACAGCGUCCCAUAUCAGUCGCCCGUCGAGGUGACAGCCAUUGGCCAGAUCGCCUACGGCAACGGCGUCUAUGACCCGUGGGGUCCCAAGAUGGAGUUCGAGGACCCGUCGAUGCAACUGCCAAGCGCUCGCAUCGAGAACAUGUAA